ACGGCUAGGAGCUUACACCAAGGUGAAGAAGUCCAGGCCUCGAGGGUUUUGGGCAGGGUUUAACAGUGUGGCGCCUUUGAGAUUUUCUCAGUGCUCUUCAAUCUUCAACUUGAUUCAUUUCGAAAGAGAGAAGAUCGAAGCAUGUGGUACUUGUGCGUUUUCUUCCACAGAUUGUUGGAUUACCGAAAACCCGAAGUUGAAUCACUCGCACAACUCUUCGGAGAAGCCAACCAAAACGACGACGACGACGUUUCAUCCUCCCAGUUGCAAUGGAAGCUCCCUCUUCAUCACCACCCUGAUUCUCCUUUCCACCUCGUCAAUCUCCCUUCUGAACAACUUGCUCGUGACAUUGCCAACCGAAGCAUACUUGUGAAGGGAAUGUAUGAGCUGUGGGGGGAAGGGGGUAGCUAUGAGGAGCUGAGAGAAUCUGUGUUGAGUUACCUAGAUGAGGGGAAGUUGCAGUACUUGGAAUCUGAUAGCACUUUCAGGGUUACUGUUGACAGCUUUGGGAAGGCCAUGAGCCUCAAUGAGCAAAAGGAACUCAUUCAAGGGCUUUCUUAUAUCCCUUUCAAGGGAAAGGUAAAUUUGAGAAAUCCAGAUCACAACUUCUGGCUCAUAGUAAUUGAUAAUCAUGGAAUUAAUAAUGGUCUUCCUCCUAUUGACCACAAAAGACUCUUCUUUGGUCGUGAAAUUGGUGGUUCUGAUAGGAAGCUUAUACCCACAUAUCAGUUGAAAAGCCGUAAUUAUCUUGGGCCAACAGCCAUGGAUGCUGAAAUGGCUUUUCUAAUGGCCAACCAAGCACUAGCAACUUCUGGGAAACUAGUUUUCGAUCCUUUUGUUGGAACUGGAAGUAUUCUAGUCGCAGCAGCUCAUUUUGGAGCUAUGACCAUGGGUGCUGACAUUGACAUUAGGGUAGUACGCGAUGGACGUGGUCCUGACUGUAAUGUUUGGAGUAAUUUUAAGCAGUAUGGAUUGCCGAUGCCACUUGCUCUAUUAAGGGCUGAUAACAACCUUCCUCCAUGGCGUCUUGGGCUAAAAGAGGUAUUUGAUGCCAUUAUAUGUGACCCUCCUUAUGGAGUGCGAGCUGGUGGACGCAAAUCUGGUGGUCGGAAGCUGCUAAAGGGGAUUGUGGAACCUUACACUGUUCCUGAUGAUAAAAGAGCAGAUCACAUACCAUCAACUGCAGCCUACAGUUUAGUUGAGUGUGUGCAUGAUUUGUUUGAUCUUGCUGCCAGGAUGCUUGUUAUGGGGGGCAGGCUUGUGUUUUUCUAUCCUGUAUUGCGAGAUGACGAUUUCUCGGAAAUCCAUUUCCCAGAGCAUCCAUGUUUUAAACUUAUUUGUUCUUCGGAGCAGAUCCUUAGUUCACGUUAUAGCAGAGUGUUACUGACAAUGGUCAAGAUAGGUCCUUACACAGAGGAAAUACAAGAGGAAGCUAGGAUAAAACACAUUGAAUUUAGGGAGAACCAUGUGAAGUGGUUAGAAGAUGGUAAUCUUCAUUCUGGAGUUUUCAGUCCAGCUGAUGAUCAGUUAUCUGAGACUGGUGAUUUUAAGUCAAUUAAAGAUCAAAAGCCUAAAUACAGAGGAAAAUACGUUUAGACUUCAUGGGUUUGAUGACCCUGCCCUAACCAUUACAAUAGACAGCUCUGUAUUUUUAUCUAUCCUAGAGGAGAACCUGUUUUACUAUAGGGAAGUCAGUGUAUCCGUACUCUUUUUAUUCAAUUUAGUGAUUAUUUUCUGAUA